CUGUACUAGGCCAGGCCAGCGCCUCCUGGUCAGGCUAACCAUCCCGUCAGCAAGGCUUCCGCACCAACCAGCAUACCCAUUGAAGCCUGCCCCGUGGCUGAGUGCCAGCGGUGUUUGAGGAAGAGACGACGCGGCUGCAAGUGUGGAAGGUAGACUAGAACCCAUCUAGUCGACAGGCUCCAGGGAUAAAUUGGAACGUUUACGAGGAUGCAGGGUCAUGGCCUAGGAAGCCUGUGAAGCAGUUCACGGUGUUCCCCGAGGCAUGAGCGACGGCGGCCACAUCGUGAACGAGGCGUGUGGCCGCGUUACGUACGCGGCACCCGACGUGGCGCAGCAAUCAUUCCGCCGCCUGCGCCAGUUCUUCGACGAUGGCCAACUGUGCGAUGUGCAGCUGCACGUGGGCUCGCGUUCGUGGCGCUGCCAUCGGUUGGUGCUGGCCUGCUGCUCGCCUUACUUCCACGCUAUGUUCACCACACCUCUCGCCGAGAGUCAGCAGCAGGAAGUGACAAUCGGUGACAUCGACGAAGUGGCGAUGGACAAGCUGAUCCAAUUCGCCUACACGGGCGUCGUCCAGCUGACGGUGGAAGGAGUGCAGGCUCUUCUGCACGCCUCGUCGGUGCUGCAAAUGGAGCCAUUGACGCACGCCUGCUCGGCCUUUGUACGAACCCACCUGGAACCCAGCAACGCUCUCGGCGUGUGGCAGUUCGCCGAGUCGCACGGCCUGCGCGGUCUCGCCCGCAGCGCCGAGCUGUUCGCGCGAGGACACUUCUCGAAGGUGGCCACCGGCAGGGAGUUCCUCGCUCUCGGCUCGCAGCACCUUGCCAGGCUAUUGGUCGCCUCCGACCUCGCCGUGGAGUCCGAGGCACAGGCACGUGUUCGGCCAUAUUUCCAUUCCCUCGGCAACGUUGCUAGUUAUGCACGUAUAGGGUUCACGUUUGGUGUUCUAACGUCCCGUUUCUAUGGCCUGCCGACAAUUGAGCGCACGAAAGCGUCUUCCAAAGUGGGCCCUCGGUCGCAGGUGUACGAAGCCCUGAUGAGCUGGGUACGCCACGACACCGCCUCACGGACGGCGGACCUGCCGAGCCUGCUGUCUCGGGUGCGCCUGCCACUGCUACCUCCUGGCUACGUGCGCCGUCGUUCCGAGGACGAAGAGUUGCUGCGAAACUGCCACAGGUGCCGUGACCUACUGGACGAAGCACGCGACCAGCAGCUCUGGAAGGCCGGCCUGCUCGUUGGCACACCACCGGCACCUGGUGAACGAUCUAGGCCCCGCCAUAGCUAUGCCGGCACCAUAUUCUGCGUUGGGGGCCGAGACGCCAGCGGGGAGCCGUCAUCGUCCACGGAAUUCUACAGCAUUGCGGAUAACAAGUGGCUCAAGGCAACUGACAUGACCACCAGGCGUCGACACGUAGGUGUCGCGUCGGUGGACGGAAAACUCUAUGCCGUGGGCGGAAGCGACGACAAACACCACCUUGCGAGCGCCGAAGUAUUCGACCCCGCAAACAACAGCUGGAAGUUGAUAUGUCCCAUGAACGUCCCCAGGCGCGGCCUGGGGCUCUGCGAGUUGAGUGGUCCCCUGUACGCCAUCGGAGGCAUGGACGACACGACGUACUUCAACACGGUCGAGCGCUACGACAGUCAGUCGGACACUUGGACAAUGGUCGCCCCCAUGAAGUCGCCGCGAGGGGGAGUUGCCAUCGCUGUCCUAAAGGACUGUAUCUACGCCAUAGGCGGAAACGUGGGUCAGACGUCGCUGAGCACUUGCGAGAAGUACGACCCUCACCUGAACAAGUGGUCGUACGUGGCCGAGACGAAUCAGCGCCGGGCCGGAGCUGGGGCAGUCGCUCUCGACGGCUUCAUCUAUGUUGUAGGGGGCUUCGACAACAACUUACCUCUAAGCUCGGCGGAACGGUACGACGCCGAGCUAGAUCGGUGGGUUGGUGUGCGGCCCAUGAGCACCAGCAGAGGCGGUGUGGGCGUCGCCAGUCUAGCAGGAAGACUGUACGCCGUCGGGGGGCACAACGGAAGUAAAUACCUGGACUCGGUCGAAGCUUACGACCCGGUACUCGACAGGUGGGAGCCCGUUGCCAAUAUCCAUGGUGGAAGAGCAGGUCCUGGAACAGCCCACUGCAACUGCUCAACACUGGCCCUUCCUGCACUCAACCACUACGACAGCAGCUGUGAUGACGAGGAAAGUGCAAAUUAAAAAGCCUGUGCACCACACCUGAAACAAUAGGAGGCAUGCCUUGCUAGCCUUGGCUACAAAUGGAAUCCCAGCAUUCCUUCCUUUCAGGGCAUGGAAGAAUAGACACACGUCGAGAAAACCUCAGACCCUAGUCAACUGUUGAAUAAAGCAAAUACCUUAAGUU